GCGGACUACAUUGCCCGAGCCCCCCCUCCCCUGCACCGGCAGUACUGCGCAUGCUCAGUGCGGUGUGUGGGAGUCCAGUUCCCAGCGCUGCUGUGAUCCGGGAGCUCGUGCGGUGGAAGGUCCCACGAUUGAAGAUAAUGGGCUGCCAGGAAGUGCAUGCCGUGACCCUGCUGGCCUUUGUCUGUGGCACGGCCUCCAUCUCAGGCCUGUUCGCUGCCACCCUGCUACCCCAGUGGCGGCAGAUGAGACUGUAUACUUAUAAUCGCAAUGAGAAGAACUUGACAGUGAGCAUCGGACUCUGGGUGAAGUGCACACGGGAAGAGUGGAGCAGGGAAUGCCUGAUGUACGACACCGAGUGGUUCGCCAGUGUGGACCAGCUGGACAUCCGCGUUCUACAGUUUGCUCUUCCCUUUAGCAUCCUGACCGCUGGCUCUGCCCUCAUCCUGUGCCUAACCGGAAUAUGCAACACCACCUUCACCUCCAACGUGCCGAACCUAAAAAUUGCCAAGUGUCUCGUCAACAGCGCUGGUUGCCAUCUUGUGGCAGGCUUGCUGUAUAUCCUAGCUGGUGUCAUUAGCCUGACUCCAUCUAUCUGGUCCAUAUUUUACACCAACGUGUUGAACAGGAAAUACGGGUCUCUGUUCACCUAUGACAUUGCAGUAUUUGUUGCCAUAGGCAGCUCUGGCGGGAUGUUCUUCACUGCCCUGUUACUGUUUUUGUGGUAUUGUGCCUGCAAGUCCUUGCCAUCGCCAUUUUGGCAGCCGUUGUAUUCCCAUGUACCCAGCAUGCACAGCUAUGUUCAGCCAUCGUACUCGGCGCGGUCCCGUAUGUCGGCCAUAGAGAUAGACAUUCCUGUGGUUACUCACACUACAUAGAUUGGAUGUGCAAUUUAAUUCUGAAAUUUUAUCUCCCACCUAAGUAGUUGUGUACAGUGGUGAUUUAAAGGGUUAUCCAACCCCAAACAAUAUUUCUGGUUUACGUUUAAAGUUGUUGAAUUGUUCUCAAUCUCCUCAUCUUUUGGGAUCUCUUAUAGUGUGAGAUAUGAGCCCUCAAAUUCCCUGGUCUGUACCAAUGCCAUACUGAGGAGGUCUCAAGUUCUCUGUUGUAGUUUAAGUUGCAUUAAAUCUAAAAGAGAGUAGAAGGUCUAUCCCACCACUUGAGGAAAAACAGAUUAGGUCAUCCUGGUACCGACCUAAAGCUGAAAUAACUGAUACAUUUGUUCUUUUCAACUAAUAUCUAUAAUGGUGAUUAGUAUGUAUAUUUUUGGCAUUGUACUUUUUGUAUUGAUUGUGUUGCCUUUUAAAUGUUUUCUAAAACAAUCA